ACAGAAUGGAGUUGAAUGCAGAGACUGGAACGGAAACGACGCCGUACAGGCUUCUGCUCUCAUGCCCUUCUGGUCUCUCACCAUCACAGGUUUCUGUGGUUUUUGAUGAACUAUAUGACCGAAUCCCCCAUCCGGAUAUCAACUUGGAGAAUUCUAUUUCUGAGAUAUGGGACCAGAGGGUUCAGAGGAAUCCGUCAUUGUACAAUGGGACGAAGUUCCGGCAUGGACAUCAUACAUGGCAUGAUGGAGGACCUAACCAAGAGUCUCAUGUUUGCCUCCACCUUGGUCUGACAGAUUAUAGGACUUUUGUGGGAACAAACUUAAAUCCUUUAUGGGAAAAGUUCCUAGCGCCAUCAGAAGAUGAUGCUAUACAAUGUCAGCACACCUCAAAUCCAUUGGGUAAUGGUGCUAUUGUGGAGACAUCUGACAAGAAAAUACUUGUGUUGCAAAGAAGUCACAAUGUUGGGGAAUUUCCUGGACACUUUGUUUUCCCAGGAGGCCAUCCAGAGCCCCAAGAAGUUGGAAUAGUAUCCCAUCAUCACAAGGACUUGAUGGACUCCGAACUUCUGAACAAGAAGGUUUCUCAGGAGAUGUUCGACAGCAUUGUUCGUGAAGUAGUUGAAGAAAUUGGAGUACCUUCAGAUUCCCUUUACGAGCAAAUAUUUAUUGGUAUAUCCCGCAGGGUGUUGAAUGUGAGACCAGCUGCAUUUUUCUUCAUGAAAUGCAGUCUCAGCUCUAAGGAGAUUCAGCAAAUGUAUUCUACUGCACAAGACAGUUUUGAGUCAACUCAGCUUUACACAGUUUCAAUGGCUAUGCUGCAAGUUCUCAUGAGUUUUUGUUUACAUCAGAUUGAGUUGGAAAACAUGGCAUCCAAAAUGCCUGGUUGCCAUGAAGGUGGAUUUGCUUUAUAUAAGAUAAUGGUAGAAGCUGGAAGAAAGUCUCAUGCAAGAGUAUAAGUACUGCUCAAAGUUCUCAGCCAGUCUCAGCAGCUUCAAAGACCAUUUCCAAGCUUGAAUUCCCUUUCCUUGUUACGUUAUUAUUCUGUAAGAAUCAGUUUUUAUGCACCAACACAUUAUCACAGAAAGCUAUUGAUGCGUCAUUGUUGCAAAAUACUAGUCGCAUAUCGUUUUACUAACUGUAAUCAAACAUUGAAUGACAACUGGUCUUAAGCUGGCAACAGAAUCAUAUUAGGGUGCUUUUGCCAAUACAGUGGUCUAUGUGUGCAUUCUGAAUCGUCACUUAUGAUAUUGUUGUGAUUUUUUUGCUGAUCGGUUGUCUUGCUGUGCUCUAAAUGCCGGGGAACCCAACUUCCUGAUCGGUUGUUUGCUGUUGAUUUGCUUCUAGAAGUAUAUCCUCCUG